CACUGCAGUGAGCCUCCCCUCUGGCCGCCGCACGACAUCAGGCCGUGGUUGAAGUCUUCCCCUGCAGCGCGCAUCUCAUACGUGUCGGUCCUGACCUCCACGCCAGCCUCUUUGGCGGUUUUCUCCGUGGCUUAUAUUAAUUUCUUAAGCAAUCAAGAGGCGAUGUUCGGAGAUUUCCGUGGUAGUGUUGGAUCUAGGAGGGGAGGAGCCAGCUGUCGCUAAUACUAGGCGAGGAGACAGAACCGCACAGGGAGGACAAAAGACUUCUGUCAAUGCAAAGGAAGGCUAGGACGAUGCACAGUCCACCAGUUAAAGGGUGAUUUUACACCUUGGGCAUUACAGUGCAUGUGGACGAAGAAAACGUGGAGGAACAGGAGACGGGAGGGAAAUAACGGAACCACAAGAACUGAUCUUGGAAAGGCUCCAAGUUAGUGAUGCUCCCCUCAGGCAGGGAUUACCUUCUCUCCGUCCUCUCCCUCAGUGUGUCUUCCACUCUCCUCCUUCCUGCAGCAGCCGUUCAGCUCCACAACUUUUGCAGCGCUUAACCGCCCACACACAAAUACACACACACACAUACACUCAGGCUUCCUCAUCCCUCUCAUGGUCUUUGGAUCAAACUCCUCUGCUGCUUCCCCCAUUCUAUUUCUUCAUCAUGAAGAGGCCCAAGCAGCAGACGGGGCCCCUGAGCUUUUUAAACUUCUUCAGCCGAAAGCCCAAGUCGGAGGCGAGAUCUGAGAAGCCUGUGGAGAUGUGUCUGAAAGAUGAGGUGGCAAUAACCCUAACACCAAGCGCACACCCAGAGCAGGAUCUCAGUCUGUCAGCCGAGGAUGAUGGAGGAUCACAAGCCACAAGAGCAGGAAAAGCAAAAACAGAUGGUGUGCCAGCAGCUGCUCAGCUCUGUGAGAAAGAUGCUGCCCCUGAAGAUUGUGUGGGCAGGGUCAGCAGUGAGUCCACGGGUGUCCUGUCCCUCUCCUCCUGCAGCCAGGACAAGCUGCUAGAUGAACACCUGGAGGAAUGCCCGCUGUGCCUGCUCAGUCAACCGCGCUGCCAUUUCCCACGACUCAGCUCCUGCUCCCACAGGGCGUGCUCGGACUGCCUUCGCCAGUACCUGCGCAUCGAGAUUUCAGAGAGCAGGGUGGGCAUCGCCUGCCCGCAGUGCCCUGAAACUUUGGCACCGCUUGAUGUUCGUGCCAUUUUGGACGACAGCGCACUGCUGGAAAGGUUUGAGGAGUACCAGCUGAGGCGUUUCCUUGCUGCGGAUCCGGAUACUCGCUGGUGCCCUGCACCUGACUGCAGCUAUGCAGUGAUAGCCUAUGGCUGUGCUGAGUGUCCCAAGCUGAGCUGUGGCCGUGAGGGAUGCGACACAGAGUUCUGUUACCACUGUCGGCAGCUGUGGCACCCCAACCAGACGUGUGACCAGGCCCGGCGUCAGCGAGCCCGCCAUACCUCAGGCAGCAACGAUCCCACUUUGUAUGUCUUCAAUGAAGAAGCUGGAGGAGAUGCAGAGGAGAUCAAAGCAUGUCCCCGCUGUGGUGCCUACAUCAUGAAGACCAAUGACGGCAGCUGUAAUCGCAUGAACUGCACUGUCUGUGCCUGCCAGUUCUGCUGGCUGUGUAUGCAGGAGAUCACUGACGUGCACUACCUCAGCCCCUCGGGAUGUACAUUUUGGGGGAAGAAACCGUGGUCUCAAACACGCAAGAUACUGUGGCAGGUGGGCAUGUUGCUUGGGGCACCUGUGGUCAUCUCCCUCAUGGCAGGCAUUGCCAUUCCGGUCAUCAUUGUGGGAAUACCAAUCUACAUGGGCCGCAAGGUCCACGGUCGCUGUAAGAAAAACAAUAUCUCAGGAAGUAAGCACUACUUGACUGUGGCGAGCGGGGUGAUGAUGUCAGUGUUUGUGUCGCCAGUCAUAGCAGCUGUCACUGUGGGUGUGGGUGUGCCUCUAAUGCUGACUUAUGUCUAUGGAGUCGUUCCUAUGUCCCUUUGUAGAAAUGGCUGGUGUCGGCCGCAGAGUGAACCCCCUGAAAAUCACAAAAUCCAGCUGGAAGAUUUAGCCAGCUACCUUCUAUUCUCUCAUGUAGUCAGUGACCACUGGACGGGUCAGAGCAAUGCAACGGUCAAUGACACGACCAUCGAGGAAGUUAGAGUCAGUGUACAUGAGUUGGACGCCACCCCAAGCACGAGCACGACGCCUCCAGAGCCAAACCGAUUUGUGGGAUUGGAGGAACUUGCAAAAAGGCAUGGAUACACCCAGCAGGACAGCCAGUCUGACUGCGAAGUGGUGCCUGACAGCAGGCCGGAAGACACUGAAGAACACAGUCUGAGGGAAAGAAGUAAUAUAGAAGUUCGCGUGGAAAUUGAAACCCAUCCCAGAGGUGCCCGGCAGUUCAGCCUGAGUAGCAUCCUGUCUGGUCGAAGCUUAUCCGUGGAGUCACUGGGAAAGUCCCAGGACUACCCGCAUGCCUCAGAGCAUGGAGAAAGACGAAGUGAAGGGAUGGAGCAGAAGGAAAGAGAGAAACAAGGAGCGGAGGAAGAUGAGGGAGCUGCUUUCCCAGUCUUCGAAGCGGUCGACGUAUGAAGCCCUUCAGAGCUGGUUUUGUACUUUGCUGAAUGUUUAGACAGACUGGAUUGACUUGAGACUUGUCAGCCAAGGCGGCCUACUGCUUCCAGAAUGGACCUUCUCACCAGAUGCCUUCUAGCGCCAUCCCCUAAGGAAGAUGCAGGUUCAGAGGGAGCAAAUGAAGAUGGAUGUCUGUUUUUGUGUGUGUUUGUGUGUGCGUGAGCACUGAGGUCUAAACUCUGGAGGGCUAUAAAGCUAACAUGAAAGCAUGACUGCUGGCUAAUUCAGACUGUUUUUAUUCCGCCCUUUCAAAGCAUCUUCUUUCUCCCUCUUUAGAUAUCGACUUCAUGAACUCUCCCAAUGAACCCUACCUCCUUCCUUUCAACCCCUUCACAAUAAAAAACUUUAUCAAGCAUGAUUUGUUUUACAUCGGAGAAUCACAAGCCAUGCUGCAACAGAGGAAAAGCUUUUUUUUCUAUGUGAGAAAAAGUUUCAAUUGCUUUAAGAUGCAGUGCUCUCAGAUGAAUAGUUGGAGAAUCGGCAGAAGAAGCAUGCUGCGCAGAUUACUCCUUGGUGAGAAAAUCUAUACGAAGUUUCCUUUUACAGUAGCUGCUGAUAUUUAUCAGAACCAGACAUGCAAUUUCCUUGAUUAGAUGGGUUACAAAUACCAGGAAAAAUAAUGUAACCGCUGAUCUGCAGUCUUCCACGAAGGCCACUGGGUGUGAUGUUGCAGUGUCUGCCUUUUAGAAGAUCGUUGUUUUUUUUUAAAGGCAAGAGGAAGACUCCCUUUUAAAAAAUCAAAACAAAAAAACACUUUGCAGCAACACAGCAGUCUCAACGUUUUAACGCUGCAUGAUCCUUUAAAGAGGUGUGUUUGUGUAUUUGGCAAAACACAUAGAGAUCCAUGUAUCCACAAAUCCACAUGCACAACAGUUUCUAAAAGUGGCGUGUUGGGUUGCAGGGGGCAUUUAAAUAUAAACAUAGGGACUCUAAAGCUAUCACAGAGCACCUAAACAACAUCAGCUGUAUGCUAUGGCAGGCUGACUGUAAUAACCUUCAAGGUGUUAGUGAGAAAUGCAUACAGUUUAUGCACUGCUUAGCUUUAUGAGUGUGAAACAUCUAAGUGUACUUGAGAACCCAUGCUGGAUUGU